AUGAACCGUUCAAAGUUCAAUGCAGCCGACGAGACGCUUCAGUCCGACGACCGAGCUGAUUUCGCUGUCGGUGAGGCUUCUGGUGAUGUUAAACAUGAAUUGAAACUCAAUAUCGGUGGUCGGGGUGCUACCCACCGUCGUCUGCAUGACUGUCAAGUGACCAUGAUCGGUUUCUGCGGUGGUAUAGGCACGGGACUUUUCAUAGGCACUGGCUCUGCAUAUGCUAAAGCUGGCCCUGCUGGAUUAUUUGUCGCCUACAUAAUUGUCGGCUCAGUCCUGUGGUGUAUGAUGCAAAGCAUUGCCGAAUUGGCUACCUUAUUCCCUACAGCUGGGUCUUUUCCACACUGGGCUACCCGCUUCAUUGAUCCCGCAGUGGGGUUCUCGCUAGCUAUUUCCUACGGAUAUUGCUUUAUGAUUGCUAUUGCCUCCGAAACGUUCGCCGCUGCUUUGAUAGUAUCUUAUUGGAGUGACAUAACUCCUGCCGUGGUCAUCACUGUCAGCCUUACUCCUCUUCUAUCCAUCAACCUUAUGAGCGUCCACUUCUACAGUGAUUCCGAAGUGUUAGGUGGCACCGUCAAGGUUGUUUGUUUUCUUGGCCUUAUAUUCGUCUCUAUUGUUAUCACAGCCCGUGACCGUAUUGGGUUCCGCUAUUGGAAUGACCCUGGCGCGUGGACAAACUACAACGACAUUAUGGGCCCUAAAGGACACUUCCUUGGGCUUUUAUCCGCCUUUUUCAACGCAUCUUUCAGUUUUAUUGGAAUUGAAACCGUUGUCAUUACAACCGGAGAGGCAAUGAACCCACAUUACGCUAUCCCGAAAGCAGCACGGUAUAUCACCUACCGGAUCGGAUUCUUCUAUGUUCUGGGCGCGCUCCUUAUUAGUAUAACAGUCGACCCACGAAAUUCAGAUCUUGUUUCUGGGGCUGGGAAUGCCCACAGUUCCCCUUUUGUCAUUGCUAUUAAAGCAGCAGGUAUAUCAGCCUUACCCUCGAUAGUGAACGCCUGUAUUUUUGUAUCUGCGUGGUCUGCAGGGAACUCAUAUUGCCGGAUCGGGUCACGAAUGAUUUUGGCUAUGACAACGGACCAUCAACUACCACAGGUAUUUGGAAAGGUUAAUAGGAAGGGCGUGCCUUAUGUGGCCGUGAUUACAGCUUGGCUUUUCGGACUCCUGGCCUAUCUGAGUCUGGGCAAAGGAGGUGCUUCACAGAGUCUGGGAACAGUUGCUGGAAUCAUAGCAUGGGCAACUCUUUGCUUUUUUUAUAUUAGCUUUCACGCCGGACCGAAGGCCCAAGGCGUUAGCUGCGAAUCUCUUCCGUGGAAGUCUCCGUUUCAACCGUUCACGGCAUGGUAUGGAUUCAUCGGUGCCAGUACCAUCUUUUUUAUUACCGGUUCCAUGUUUUCCUCAAGGGAAAUUGGUCCGUAUCGACCUUUGUGGCUGCAUACAUUGUUUGCCUCUGCCUCGGAUAUGGACCUUUGGUCUGGCCGACUUGAAGGGGGAGAGAUCGAAGAGCUCACAGCCCCAGACCUGAGGCGUUGCAUGUGGAAACGUGUUUUGGAUCACGUCGUCUGA